CGACGCGUUGGCUACAACUUUAGUAGCCAGGAACAAAGAAUGAAGCAUCUAGUAUCAGCAAUUUUCCUUUGCACGGUCGCUUUUUCGAUUGCAGAAGUGCCCGAUGUUAAAACUAAAUUUGAAGAAGCCAAAAUUGUGGCUGACAUUAUAGAAACAGCUCCAACUGACUUAAUUGAAGUAAAAUAUGACAAUACAUCGGUGAUCCUUGGGAAUGAAUUGACACCAACAGCAACGAAAUUUAUUCCCCACAUUGAUUACAAACACGAUGGAGGAGUUCUUUACACUUUGUCUAUGACUGAUCCUGAUGCACCUAUAAAAGGAUAUAAUCGUGAAUGGCAGCACUGGCUUGUAGGAAAUAUUCCCGAAAAUAAAGUCUCAAAAGGAGAAGUUUUGACUGAAUAUUUUGGUCCAGCGCCACCCAAAAAUGCCAAUGCUCAUCGAUACGUUUUCCUAUUAUAUAAACAAAAUCAAGGAGCCAUCACUUUUGACGAAAGACGUCUCAGCAACAGGGACAAAAACAGGAGUCGAUUCUCCAUUAAGAAAUUCGCCAAAAAAUAUAAUUUAGAAGGGCCGAUCGCUGGGAACUUCAUGAAAGUCAAAUAUGAUGACUAUGUUCCAACAGCUCUCAGGCAGCUUGGUUUAUAAUAAAUUUUUCCAAUUUUAUAUCUACUCAUGAAUAUAUCGAAUAAAAAAUGCAUGCAGCUA